UUUCGAAUCAUUUAUUAUACAAUUUGUUUGAAAUGAGUUUCCAGUAGAAUAGAAUUUUAAAUAAAAUAUUAUUAUAAGAAAUAAUAUAUAUUAAAAUAAUAUAAAUAAUUCAUAAAAUUAUUACUGAAAAUUUGAAAUUUUAAUUAUAAGAUAAUAUUUCUUUAAAAAUAUUAUUUAUAUAUGAAAAUUUUAUAAAAGUGAAUAUAUAUAAAUUAUAAUUAUUAAUUUAGAUUAAAAUAUGUUUUGUUAUGAUGAAGAUGAAUUGGAACCAAGACUUACACCAAAACCUGCAUCUAAACUUGAUUGUUUUACGGUGCCAUCAGUUCCUGAAGUUUCUUUAAUAUUUGAUAAACCUUUGAGUUUUAAAACUACAGAAAAUACAAAUGUCCAUUCACCAUCUAUAAAACCUAAGAAUUUAAUAUGUAAAAAUAAUGGUUCUUCUUCAUUAAAUGUCAAUGGAUCAUAUGCAGCUUGGAAAGAACAAAAUUUUUCAUGGAAACAUCCAUCUUCUUAUACAAUUCCUCAUCAUAAAGAACAAUCUAAACAGAAUUACAUCAUACAUUCUUAUUUAGUAGAAGAUAAUACUAUAAAUACUUCAAAUAAAUCUAAAGAAAAAAAUGACACUUUGAGAACAGAUAUUUAUAAUUCUUCACAAAGCAAAGAAAUAAAUAGAAAAAAUGAUGAUUGUUUUCAUAAAUAUAAUUAUGAAAUAUCUGAGAAUAAUGUAACUCAUACAGAAAGAAAACAGGAUAUAGAAUACAAUGAAAAAAGAGUAGAUUCUAUGUCUGCUAUGUCACAUAUUAAUAAGCCUGGCAUUAAUGCUGAUAAUUAUAUUAUUAAUGAAAAUGAAUAUUCUCCAUCAUUACACAAAAGAAAACUGAUAACUAAUAAUUCUAAACAGAAAGUUCCAUAUAAUGAUUCAGUUUCUGAAUCAAAUAUACAAAAUUUAUCUAUUAAUCCAAAUAAAUUGCAACAAAGUGAAUUUCAAUUACCACAUUAUUUAGGACAGUAUCCUUAUUUUAAUAUGAAUUCGUAUUCAUUUCCUCAACUUCAUCCAUAUUCUACUCACAAUACAGAUAAUCAAGAAACAGUAAAGAAUUUAUUACAGAUUAUAAAUAAUCAAAAUGAACAAAUUAAAUCUUUACAGAUACAAAUAGAUAGAUUAUUGAAAAUGCAAGAAGAAAAUUUAAGAGAAAAGAAAAAAUGUUCUUGUUUAUUUCAAUCACAAGAACAUGAUCAAUUAUAUGCGAAUUCUAAUAAUAUUUUAGAUGUUUCUAAUUAUGUUACUGUACCAGAAAAUACAAAAAGAAAUAUAUAUCAAAAAGAAGCUCUUAAAGAUAAAAGAAAAGAUAAUUAUAAUGAAAAUGAAAAUAUAAAUCAAAAUGAAUUGAUAUUAACAGAUGCACAAUCGAAAAAAACAUUUAUGGAAAAAAAAGUUUCAAUUGGUGUAAUGACAAGUUUUGAAUUUACUGUACAAAAUAAUCCUUUUACAAUGGAUAUUGAAAAUUAUGAAAAAAAAGAUAGCCAACAAGAAAAUUUUAAAAUGUGUAAUAGUGUUUGUCUUGACACCAAUGAAUCAUUAAGAAGAUAUAAGAAUUCUUUUACCCGAAUACCUAGUGCACAAUUAGAAAAUAUAGUUGAAGAUUCAGAAAGUUAUAUGUCAUCUAGUCAACAACAAAGCAGUAAUUUAAAUGCAAGUACUUCUACAAAAGAUUUAGAGAAACAAGCAUAUGUAGAUGUACGAAGAGAAACACAUAUUCAUAGAUCUGAAUCUCCAAAAUUAUGUAAAAAUAUAACAACAAAAUUAAAUGAAACUGAAAAUAAAAUAAAGAAACAUUUAAAAAAUUCCGCAGAGGAAGAAACAGAUUAUAAAACUAUAAAAACAUCAAUGAUACAAAGAAAUGCAGAAAAUACUGAAAAUCAUAUUCAAAAAAAUAGAAAAUUUAAAGAAAAUAUUCUUAUUAAUAUGGAUCAAAAUAAAAAACAAAAUAUACGAGAUAAUGAAUCUAUACAAACAAAUAACUUUGUAAAUAAAUCUAGUUAUUAUAAUGAUUAUCAAAAAGAAGGACAGAUUUCUAGAUUUAAACAAAUCAAUAGUAUUGAAGAUAGUUUGAUUUUAAAUAGUGAUGAUUUGAAGAUAAAUGAAAGACCACCUACUCCAGAACCUAGUAUUCAUGUUGAAAUGAAUGAAUAUUCUAGUGAUGAUGACAGCGAACAUGUUAAACAUAGUUCAAAAGUGGGCUGGACAUUUUACAAUAAUGUUAUUGGACGAGUAAAUCAAUUAUUGCAAAAUUCUUGCAUUAUAGAUGAUCAACAACAAAAACAAACAAAAAUAAAUCAAAAUGAACGAGAUGAAAUUGAAAAUAAAACAGUAUUAGACACUGUAAAAGUAGCUACAUUAGAACAACUCAAAAAGCUUGGAAUUAGUUUACAUGAAAAUUCAGAAGUAAAGGAAUCAAACAAUAACAACAAGAAAGCAUUUGAUUUAUCAUUCUAUCCGCGUUUGGAUUACCAAACAAAUAUGACACAAACUACAAGUACUAUAAAUGAAACAAAUACAAGUAUGCAUAUGAAGGCAUUAGCUUUAAAAUAUCUAACUGAUGAACAACUUGCUGAAUUAGCAGUACAAAGACAAAGUUCAUCUCUUCAGCAUCUGAUGGUUAGCAAUGUUCAAGGUACAAACAUGUCUUUUGCCACAAUGCGUUAUUUAGAAAGAUAUCAACUACUUCCAGGAAAAAAUAAUAUUCAAGUAGAAGAUAUUGGUAAAAAUGAUGGAUCUCCAAAGGUUGAUUUAAAAGUUACAGAUUCAAAAAGUAAUCUAAAAACAUUACAACAUUUUCCAUUUAAUCAAAUACCUAGAACAACUUGUCCCAGUAAGAUUUUAGAUAUUUCGACUUUAAAAAGACAACCUAAACUUUUAUAAAAAAAUAAUAUAUAAAAUGAAUAUUAUAACAUUUGUAUUUCUUAAAAUUUUUAAUUUCUUGAUUUUAAUUUUUAGAUUUUGAUUAUUACUAUUAAUAAAUAUAUCUAUACAUGUUUUUUGCUUAGCUAUAAAAUUUAUAUCAUAAAUAGCUUUGAAUUUAUAUAAUUAUUUUUAAAUAAUCAAAGAAUUAAAGGUAUUCAGAAAAUAUUUUUAUAAUAUACUUUAUAUUAUUUAUUUUAUAUGUAAUAAAUAUAACUUAAUUUUAAAAAUGAAAUAUUUUGAUAUUAUAAAAUAAUUUAUAUAAUAUAACAAUUUAGAAGACAUAUUAUAUAAAAAAAAUUAAUAAUUCUAAUUUAACAUAUAAAUCCUAUAAUAAUAAAAUUAUCAUAAAAUUAAAUUUUUAAUAUUUUUAUAUAUUUUGUUUUAAAAUAUAAAAUAAAUAAACAGAAUUUUUUAUUAAAUAGUAAAAAUCUUUCAAUCUAUAAAUAUUUUCAACAUUAAUAUACAAUAAUUAUAAUUUAUUCAUUAUUAUCAUCUUAAAAUAUAUAAAAAUGUGUAUCAAAAUUAAUUUAAAAUAAAUUUUUGUAAUAAAAGCAUAAAUUUUAUUUAAACAACUCGAUAAUGAUAAAAUUCCAUAACUAAAUGACUAAUGUUAAUUCCUGCACAUAAUGUCAUAAUGUAUAUCAGUAAUAUUAUUGGUAAUGUUGAUAAUAUCAUAUGUGUCUUAUGAAUUAUUUCCAUACCUAAAAUAGAUAUUAAAAAAUAUAUUAAUUUUUUAACUUAUAAUAACUCUUUUAAUUUUUAAUUUUAUAAAACAUUAUAAUUUUUUAAUAAUGUAUUACAUAAAUAAUAUUAAUUUUAUACACUUACUUGUGUAACCUAAGAAUGUUAUGUAAAUGUAGUAACUAACAGCUAUUAACCAGAUUGUGUUUCCAACAAAUCGUGAUGAAAAUGUAUCAUAAUUUAUAAAACCUGGAACAAUAGAAUUAAUAACAAAAGAAGAAAAUAUUUAAAAUUAUAUAUAAAUUAAAUAAUACAAAAAAAAUUUUAACAAUACAAAAAAAUAUUAAUGGAAAAUAAAAACCGGAUAUUUUACCUUUGUAUAAAAAUAAUUGUACGAUAUGGAGUAUAAUUAAAGGUGGAAAAAAUGCAUUUAAAUGUAUAUCAAAUGCAUAACCCCAUUCUACAUCCUGAGUUUUAUCAAUUCUUAAAUAAUGAUUUGUUAUAAACC